AUGAACUCCAUGCUGUACACCCUGUACGGCUUUGCUGUGUUCUUCAUGGUGUUCUGGUCGGUGAUGUGGAUCGUCCACAUCCUCGCCCUGAUAGCCGGCCGCUGGAAGCUGCACCGCAAGCUCGCCCAGGUGCCGAGCUACGAGACCCCCCUGCCCGGCGUCUCGAUAAUCAAGCCCCUCAUGGGCGUCGAUCCGAAUCUCUUCAGCAAUCUCGAGACCUUCUUCCAGCUGGACUACCCGAUCUACGAGCUGCUCUUCUGCAUCGAGGACGAGCAGGACCCGGUGCUCAUGCUCGUGCACAAGCUCAUCGACAAGUACCCGGCCGUAGAGACGAAGCUCUUCGUCGGCGGCCGGGGCGUCGGCGUUAACCCCAAGAUCAACAACAUGCAGCCGGCCUACGAGGCCUCCAAGCACGAGCUCAUCCUCAUCAGCGACAGCGGCAUCCGCAUGAAGGAGGACACCCUCCUCGACAUGGUGAACUACAUGACCGACCGGGUCGGCCUCGUCCACCAGAUGCCCUUCACCUGCGACCGCGAGGGCUUCGCCGCGGCCUACGAGAAGAUCUUCUUCGGCACGGUCCAGUCGCGCAUGUACCUCGCGGCGGACCUGCUCAGGAUAAACUGUCACACCGGCAUGUCGGCCCUCAUCAAGAAGACGCUGCUCGAGGAGGUCGGCGGCCUCAAAGCCUUCGGCGUCUACCUCGCCGAGGACUUCUUCUACGCCAAGAGCCUGACCGACCGGGGCUGGAAGAUCACCGUCUGCUCGCAGCCCGCGAUGCAGAACAGCGGCCACUGCGAGGUCUACACCUUCCAGGCGCGGCUCAGGCGCUGGGCCAAGCUGCGCGUCGCCAUGCUCCCGACGACGAUCGUCCUCGAGCCGCUCAGCGAGUGCCUCAUCCUCGGGGCCUGUGCCAGCUGGGCGGUCGGCCUCCUCUUCGACUGGGACUCGCUGCUCUUCUACGCGGCCCACAUUGUCCUCUGGUUCAUGUUCGACUGGACGCUGCUCUGCGUCGUACAGAACGGCCCCCUGCCCUUCAACCUCAUCGAGUUCGUCAUCGGCUGGCUGCUCUGCGAGACGACCAGGCCCUACCUCUUCGCCCAGGCGGUGCUGGACCCGCUGAUACAGUGGCGCUCCAGGGUCUACAGACUCAAGUGGGGAGGACUCGCCGAGGAAGUCAAGGCCAAAGUCAAGUACUGA